AUGGGUAAGGCCGCCAGCCGGGCCACCUGCUUGUCGCGGUGUCUGCGCCGCGCGGCUGUCACACUUGCAGACCCGCCCCGCCAGACCCGGCCACUCCGCUACCGGCAGACCCGCCCCGCCAGACCCGGCCACUCCGCUACCGGCAGACCCGCCCCGCCAGACCCGGCCACUCCGCUACCGGCAGACCCGCCCCGCCAGACCCGGCCACUCCGCUACCGGCAGACCCGCCCCGCCAGACCCGGCCACUCCGCUACCGGCAGACCCGCCCCGCCAGACCCGGCCACUCAGCUGCCGGCAGACCCGCCCCGCCAGACCCGGCCACUCCGCUACCGGCAGACCCGCCCCGCCAGACCCGGCCACUCCGCUACCGGCAGACCCGCCCCGCCAGACCCGGCCACUCCGCUACCGGCAGACCCGCCCCGCCAGACCCGGCCACUCCGCUACCGGCAGACCCGCCCCGCCAGACCCGGCCACUCAGCUGCCGGCAGACCCGCCCCGCCAGACCCGGCCACUCCGCUACCGGCAGACCCGCCCCGCCAGACCCGGCCACUCCGCUACCGGCAGACCCGCCCCGCCAGACCCGGCCACUCCGCUACCGGCAGACCCGCCCCGCCAGACCCGGCCACUCCGCUACCGGCAGACCCGCCCCGCCAGACCCGGCCACUCCGCUACCGGCAGACCCGCCCCGCCAGACCCGGCCACUCAGCUGCCCCGUGGCCGAGAGAAGACACGGACUCCAGCACAAAGGAAGGCGUGGCCGCAUUUGAUUUGUCAAAGCACUUCCCUCGUUCCCUGAGGUCGGGGUACUCGUGGGAUGAACGGGCGAGAGGAAACAGGAGCACCCUGAGAAGGCAGUCCAGCCUGGUCCUGGUGGGAGGCGGGUGA